AUGAAGAUGCCUGAAGGAGUUCCAAAUCCAAAUGGUUAUGUUUGCAAGUUAAAGAAGUCCAUCUAUGGAUUAAAACAAGCUUCAAGACAAUGGUUCUCUAAAUUAGUUAAGAAACUACAAACUCAAGGAUUUGUUCAAUCCAAAAAUGAUUACUCUUUAUUCAUCAAAAGAGAGGGCGAUCAGUUGACUUUGGCUGCUGUUUAUGUAGAUGACAUCAUUCUUACAUGGAAUCACACACCUAUCAUUCUGGCUUUAAAGCAUCAUUUACACACCACAUUCAGUAUUAAAGAUUUAGGUGCUCUUCAUUUCUUCUUAGGCAUGGAAAUAUAUAAGACUUCUGCUGGUAUAAUCUUAACACAACACAAAUUCACAAAGGAAUUGCUACAGUUCAGUGGCCUUGAUCUAUCCAGAAGAGCUACCACUCCUCUUCCCAUAUCUUUCAAAUUACAUCCAGACGUAGGAGAUCCUUAUUCUGAUCCAGCUUUCUACAGAUCAUUAGUUGAAAAGUUAAACUUUCUUACUCACAGCAAGCCUGAUCUUACCUUUGCUGUUCAGACCUUGAGUCAGUUAAUGCAAGAUCCCAAAGUUCCUCAUAUACAAGCCCUACACCAUACAUUGAGAUAUGUUGCUGGUUUCGUUGGCCAAGGCAUUCUCCUAAAGGCUGGUGAACGUAUUUCUCUUGUUGGCUAUUCAGAUUCAGAUUGGGCUACUUGUCCCACAACUAGAAGAUCCAUAACAGGGUAUCUUGUUUUGUUUGGUGGCUCACCAGUUUCAUGGAAAAGCAAGAAACAGUCCACCAAAUCCAAGUCUUCCUCAGAAGCAGAAUAUCGUGCUAUGGCUGCUGUUGCUUCUGAAAUUACUUGGUUGGUAUGCUUACUAGAUGAGAUUGGAGUCUCAAAUUUAAAACCAGUCACUAUAUACUGUGAUAAUCCAUCAACUAUUAGCAUUGGAAAGAAUCCUCAUUUCACCAUGAACGUACAAAACACAUUGAAAUAG